CACACACAUACACGCACACACGAACGCACUCACUCACUCAACUUGAAAGGGCUCGAGCCUCUGCCUGCCAGUCCGCGAAGCAUGGCAGCGCAGAGCUUUAACCACUGAGCUACUGGAGUGGUGUGUGUGUGCGUGGAAGAGUGAGGAAAAGAGAGUGAGAGGAAGAAAGGAAAGGAAAGUGGAGAAAGACAUAUAGGAAAGAAUAUGGAAUGAGAAAAGAGAGAAAAGAGAGAGAGAGGAGGAACAGAAAAGAGGGAACAGAAGAGAACGUGCGAGAAAAGGAAGGAUGGAAAGAAAAGGGGAGAAAGAGUAAUGGGAAAGAAUAUAGAAUGAGAAGAGAGAAGAGAGAAACAGAGUAAGAAAGAGAAGAACUCGACUGAUCUCUUUUUUGGUCUUUGGAAAUACCUGACGUGCAUGAGGGGUGGAAGCGUCUGAGAACACACAUAUUACAAGGCUUUCGUAGGAGUUUCAAGGAUUUCCAGUUGUAGUUUUAUGACCCUGGUGGUAGUCUGACCCUCCUUCUGUACCAUGAACCUAGAGAAACACUCAUGAGAAUCCGAUUGAUCUCCUUUUUGGUUUUCGUAGGAGUUUCAAGCAUUUCCAGUUGUAGUUUUAUGACCCUGGUGGUAGUCUGACCCUCCUUCUGUACCAUGAACCUAGAGAAACACUCAUGAGAAUCCGAUUGAUCUCCUUUUUGGUUUUCGUAGGAGUUUCAAGCAUUUCCAGGGGUAGUUUUAUGACCCUGGUGGUAGUGUGACCCUUUCUCUGUACCAUGAACCUAGAGAAACGCUCAUGAGAAUCCGAUUGAUCUCCUUUUUGGUUUUCGUAGGAGUUUCAAGCAUUUCCAGGGGUAGUUUUAUGACCCUGGUGGUAGUGUGACCCUUUCUCUGUACCAUGAACCUACAGAAACACUAAUGAGAAUCCGAUUGAUUUCCUGGUUGGCUUUCCUAGGAGUUUUGGGCAUUUCCAGGAGUAGUUUCAUGACCCUGGUGGUAGUGUGACCUUUCUUCUGUACCAUAACACACAGGCUCACACACACACUCGACACAUGACACACAGACUGCAAAAAAGGACGAAGAAUCACCUCCAACCAUGACGGACUGGAAGAAAUCAUUUAUCGAAGCAGAACAGGAGAAAACAGAAGGAGGAGGAGGAGCUGGUGGUGGUGGUAGUGGUGAUGGUGGUGUAAGGAGAUCCGAACCUAUGAAAAGAAGGGUUGGAUUGUACGUUACCGUGUGCCUCUUCGUAUGUGGUGUUCUGCUCAUGCUGGUGACCCUCUUUGGUGGUGUUGUAUUGAACGUGGGGUGGAUGCUGGUGGUUGCUGGCGGCUGCGUGGGUAUCGAAGUGGUGGUCGCUGGCGGAGUGGUCACCUGCCUUGGACGUGGCUUACCCAACACGGCGCUAGCCCAAGGAUACCUCGUACUGGGCCUCCUAUCCGCCGUGUCCCUAGUGCUACAAAUCAUCCUACUGGCCCUUCUCGUAACCCUGGGACACCACACGCCUGACAGCCACACCAGAGCGGGUAUCGAAGCCUGGGUCCAGUUCGUCGGCGGUGCACAGGGAGCCAUGGCCGUGCUAGUGGGUGGGGUCUUAGCGGGGACGAUCCUGGUGACGUCCUGUUGCUGUAAGUCGCCUAAGGACAAUGUGGUCGGCGUGUACCAUCCGCGGUGACACAUAGGAAGCCCCUUGGCAUCUUCAGGAGCUGGAUCGGUUACGGUGUUGUCAGUGCCUACGUUUUGUGACUUGGAGAAGAGGGUGAAGGAAGAGGAGGAGGAGGA